UCAACCAUAUUUUUUAGAAUCUUUCAAAAUUAACACAAACAAAGGAAAAAAGUGUAAACUUGAAUUGAAACAACAAGAAAUUGGAGAAAGAAAAGGAAAUUGGCAAAUAUAGGGUUAGCAAUUUGAAAAAGAUAAAGAACUUCAAGAAAUUGGAGCUAGAGUAGGUCCCUACCGCUGCCGCCACCUGCCUUCGUAGAACGCCGGCGAGUCGUCCAUGGCCGCCGUCUGCAUCUCCGCCGGUGGGUCGCGUUAAUAGCAGCGGCAAGAGCUGCUGCUCUGUUGUUUAAGUAUGAUUCCCCCUUGUGUUUUCCCCCCUUGUGCUUUCCCCCUCCUUCAUGUGUGUCGAUUCUCUUAAAUUUAUAGCAAAGAAGAGCUAAAUUCUUCCCGUUGAUAAUUGAGGAGGAGACGUUGCAGGAAUUGGUCGCCGGUUUAACGCUAAGAAGAUGAAGUUUCUGGAUCAGAUUCACUUUCAAGUUUCAAGACAAACACUAGGGUUUUGGCUUCAAACAUUGGAGCUCCUCCUCAUGGCGGCAACCGUAAGAGGUCUUCCGCUCCGUUUACAACGGUGUCCAGCCAAUUUCGUUCCGGGUACUUCUUUCUCCAGUUCCCAUGGGCAAACCAAAAAUUCAGACAUCCUGAAUCAUAUCAAGAAGAAACUAGCUGAUUCGCCAAGCUGUUCUGCCCCUCCGUCGCCACGUGUUUCUCCGCCAAUUACUUCAUUUCGGGAGAUUUACGAUCGGAGUUUAGCCCCCAAGGAAAAAGAAUCCAGGCCCGAUGGCGCAAAGCCUGUCACCUACAAGCUUGGCUUGGACAGUAUUACCAAGAACUUGAAUCGGCUCAGAGAAAGUAGUCAAGGUGCUGCUCAGGGGAAAAACCAUAAUCAGUUUUCACUUUCUACAUUAAGGGGCAAUUUAGGGCUGAGGCUUGGUGAUCAGAGCACAGCAGAAAAGGGGGUACCAAUUGGUAGCCACAAGUUUCCAACCUCUGUAGGUGACAAGGGUAGCAAUGAUUUGAAAGGUGGGUAUGACAGAGGAGCUGUGGAAGAGUCAUUUGAGCUCCCGUAUGAUCACAAUGAGCUGGGGCAGAAAUUGAUAAAAUUGAGGCCGGAUCACUUGGGAAACAAGAAUUGGUUUUCAUUACAAGAAUUGAAUGAUAGAUUACUGAAAGUUAGGGAGAUCGCCAAGGAAGAGUACAAGGCUAAAAACACUGGAGAGUUAGCGAUGCUGAGGAGUAACUUGAAGUCAAUAGAAAAAAUUGGAACUGCUGCUAAGAAUGAGAUCAGCCACUAUGGGGCUGUGGAUAUGACACGCCUAUUUGGAGAAAAGUCAGAAUACUUAUCACAUCCUCCCAAGGAGCACUUAGUUGAAAAGAGAAAAUGAAGUUGGAGCUAAAGAAAGUCAGAGAUGAAUUUAAAAUGUCAGAGUCCGAUUGUGGCUCUGCUCGUGUUCAGGUAGCUCAACUCACCACCAAAAUCAAACACCUAUCAGGUGUUCUGCAUAAAAAGGAUAAACAUUCUCGAAAAGGACUUCAAGCAAUGGUCGAGAAGAGGAAGAAGAUGUUGAAGUAUCUCCGGAGGACUGACUGGGACUCGUACUGUCUCGUGCUAUCUAAGCUUGGCCUCCCUGAAAAAGAUUACUACAAGGAGUAAACUGCCACAUGCUCAACUCUUUGCAAGCUCGGGUUGGAAUCGAAGCCUUUUUUUUGUGAAUUGUGGCUGUCACUUAUUUUCCUACCCCCCACAGGUUCCCUAAAUUUUUUUUUCUAACCUUGCUUGAAUGCACUUUUGCAAAAAUAAAUUUUUUAGAAGUACACUUUAUGGCUAUGUAAUGUAGUUUCUUGUUUGGUUUUUGUUCAUUUUAAAGAUCUGAUAGUGGUGUACUGUUUUAUAUGACAUAGUUUCCACUAUCAAUCAAGUUUCCUUAGGAUACUAAGAACGUUUGAAUGCGGAAAGACUAAUGCGUUUUAAGUUUGAAUUUGCCUUUAGAAAUUUUUUGUUGGGAAAUGAAAUGUGAUUUUUUCCCUUUUAACAUAUAGUCCCACUCUCUUAAAAUUAAUUUCUCAGUGUGACUUUUGUAGUCUAACUUUGUAAACUUUGACCUGGUACCUGAACUUCAAAUCCUUUCACAAAAAUCCCUGAACUUACACAAUCCUUUCACUAAUGAGCCAUUAGCCCGUUUCUAGGUUAACUUCCGGUCAUUAGGGCCAAAUUCGAAUUUUAUAUAUUUUAAAAUUUUCAAUUUGACCCCAUUUCUUCUUUUCUNCUCCCUAUGUUCCACAAAACCUUUCCGGUUUUGAUUUUGGGGAAAAAUAAAGAAAAUGUAAUUUUGAUUAACUUUCCAAUUUUACCCCUGAUGUGAUGAGAAAAAGUAGGGUAAAUUUCACAAAUGGUACCUGAACUUUAGCUGGAAUUUCGAAGUGGUACCUGAACUUCAAAUCCUUUCACAAAAAUCCCUGAACUUACACAAUCCUUUCACUAAUGAGCCAUUAGCCCGUUUCUAGGUUAACUUCCGGUCAUUAGGGCCAAAUUCGAAUUUUAUAUAUUUUAAAAUUUUCAAUUUGACCCCAUUUCUUCUUUUCUAUUCUUCCACGCCCCGCCGCCGCGGCCCGCUGGUCAAAGUCGCCGGAAAAUGAACUUUUUCCGAUUCC